AUGAAAUUGGUCACUGAUGAUUCCACACUAUGGUAUUUCCCUCCAGAUGAUGAUGACGAUAUACCUCGCUAUGCUAUUCAAUCUUCAAAACAACCAUUGUAUGAAAAAUUCAUACCCAUGAUCAUUGAUGAUGAUUUAACUAUUGUUCCUAAAGAUGAUCAAUUGAGUAUAAAUUUAUUACAAUACCAAAUUGGAAUGAUUGAUAAAAAGGAUAAAGCUCAUUUGGACGAUUUCUUAAAAGAGUGGGAAAAGGGAUUGACUUUUUUACGCAAGAAAGAAUCUGGUGAUUUCGACGUUGAUGAAGAUGAGAUUGGUGAAGAACAUAGUUUAAAAUCUCACUUGAAAGAUCAUAAAGAUGGGUUUUUGGAAGAUAGAGAUAUCAAAUUGAGGUUCCUAACUUGGAACUUACAUGGUGCUCCAUUAUAUAAUACAGAUGAAGAUUUAUCACAAUUGUUUUGCAAGGGAGAUGAAGGUACUGAGGAAAAAUUUGAACUAUAUUUUAUUGCAUUUCAGGAAAUUGUUCCAUUAUCAGCCAAAAAUCUUAGAUCUUCACCUGUACCUAUUGAACAUUGGAUUAAAAAAAUACUGGGGAUAUUAGGUGAUGAUUAUAAAGUGUUACAAACAAAUAAAUUGCUGGGAUUAGCAUCUAUAUUAAUCAUUAAAGAUGAAUUGUCUUUAAAUUUCCAUGAUUUAGAAAUUGGUUCAAUUGGGACAGGGAUUUUAAACUUCUAUGGUAAUAAAGGUGCUAUUGCAACUUGUUUCAAAAUCCAAGAUUUCAAAUUUGCAUUUUUGAACUGUCAUUUUGCAGCUGGUGAAAGUGAAAAUUUCUUAUUGAAGAGAAGAAAAGAAUUACAAGGUGUCAAGACUUAUAUUAAGCUACCUCAUUCUAAUGGUUCUUUGGUCUCGAAUGAUAAAUCCAUCUUGUUUGAUGUUGAUGAUGUUGAUACCAUGUUGAAAUCCGUUGAUUUAGAAAGUGAUGAAGAAUCUGAAGUUGAGGAACAGUCUAAAGCCAAUGAAGAUGAUGAAGACCCUUUGAAAGAUGCUGCUGAAAAGGAACAAAUAGUUCAUGAGGUUGAUGAUCAAAGAAAACAAAUUAUAGAAUCUACAACCCCUGAGGGUGAAGAACAUGAUGGUGAUAAAAAUAUAAUUUUCAUUGGUGGUGACCUAAACUAUAGAAUCACAGCAUCUCAUGAGAUAAUUAAUGCAUUGGUUAAGGAAAAAGAUUUCAAGUCAUUACUUGAUUAUGACACAUUAACAAAAGAAAAAGAUCAAGGUAGAAUCUUGGACCGGUUUCAAGAGGGAACUAUCAAUUUUCCACCAACUUACAAGAUUAAUGAAGAGAAUGGUGAUUACGUUGAUGAUCGUAAACCAUCAUAUACUGAUAGAAUCUUUGUUUCAGAAUCCAAAUACACUCAAAUUGAAAGUUAUGAAUCUCCAAAUAUAACAUUAUCAGAUCAUAGACCUGUGUUUUCAGAUUAUUCCCUCAAAUUACCUAUAAUCAACAAUCACAAAAGAAAUGAUAUUGUUAAAACUUACUUGAAAGAAAUUGAUGAUCAAGAAAAUAACUCUAAAAAGACAACAUUCAAAUUCGAAAAUCUUGAAAAUGAAGUCAAGACUCCAAUAUUAACAAGUACAACCAUUGAAGUUAAAAUUACAAACACUGGUGAUUAUAAAUCAUAUUGGGAGAUUAUUGAUUCUGUGGAGAAUGCCGAUCAGAAGUUCCCAGGAAAACAUGUCAGUGGAAGAGUUGAACCUGUUAAAGGUGUUAUUCCUAAAACUGGUACUCAAGUGCUGAAAAUAACUGCCACAUUACCUAUAGGUUGUAAAAAAUAUGAAAGAACCUUGAUCCUAAGAGCUUAUAACUCACAAGAUUAUUUCAUAACUUGUACAUUUGUUGCUAAAAAUAGUUAUUUUGGUAGCUCUAUUGAUGAAUUAAAUGGUGUUGGUGACCAUACUGGUAUUCCAAAGCCUUUAUACACUUUGAUCAAUUAUCUUACAAAUAACAUUGUUGUUGAUAUGUUUGAUGAGACAAAAUUGAACUUCACACAUGAUUUGGAGAAAAAAAUUAUAAAAGCUGUAGAUCAAGAUGAAGAACUAAACCCAAAGGAUUUGGAAAAAGCUGAUAUGACAAUCGAUGGAAGCUCUUCAAGAGCUGUUUCAAGAGUCUUGCUACUGUUGUUGAGAAAUCUUGAUGGUGGUAUUGUUUCUAGUGAUUUGUCAACUUUUUUGUUAUCAAGUUAUAAAAAUGACCAAGAUGUUUUGGAAAAGAUUUUAGAGAGCUUACCUGCUUUAAGAGCAAACGUACUAAUCUAUUUAAGCAGUUUCUUAAGAUUAUGCAUUGAAAGUGGGAUCGCUAAAGAUGAAAUCUUUAGAAAAUUUGAAGGGAUCUUGUUGGAAGUUCCUAAACAACGUAAAAGAGACUUUGUAUUGGGAAGAACAAAUUAUGAAAAAUUAAGAAGAGAAUUUUUACAGAAAUUGUUGGGUUGA